CACGGUAAACAAUAACGGCGAGCGCAGUGCGAAUUACAGCGCUGUUUUGGUUACGGUCGUAGUGUUCUCGUGUCUCCACUUUUCGUCGUCUCCACGGCCGGCGGUCGAAUGUCCGAUCGUGUGUCUGCCCUAUUGAUUUUAAUCGAAUAAUUGUCGCACAGUACGCCCGUCGAUGAUGUCUGCCGCGUUGAAAUUAGGAAUCCACCGGCAGAGCAGACCGGUCCGGAGGCCGAGUCACAACGGUCGCGACGACGUCGAAUUGACCGUGCGGAUUCUGUUCAACGGCCGGGAAGUUGGAAGUGUAAUUGGCAAAGGAGGCGAAACUAUAAAAAAUAUAAGAAACUUGUCUGGUGCUAGAGUUAUAAUCUCUAAUGGUUCAACUCCAGAACGUAUUGUUCUUAUUAAUGGAAAUAGAGUUACAAUUUGUAAAGCUACUGAACUUAUUGGUCAAAAAGUUGAAGAAUUUUUUGAGAGACAAAAUAGUGAAUGGAAUGGCCCAAAAUCACCUUUGACACUUAAGCUAAUUGUGCCAGCAUCUCAAUGUGGUUUCAUAAUUGGCAAAGGAGGAAAUAAAAUAAAAGAAAUCAGAGAAUCAAGUGGAGCUGCCAUAUUAGUAGCAUCUGAGAUGUUAUCUAAUUCAACUGAACGCCUAGUUUCAAUUACUGGUACUACAAGCACAAUAUCUCAUUGUGUUUAUCUAAUCUGCAAUGUACUGAUAGAUUCCCCGCCUCGUAUUGCAUCAAUCCCUUAUCAUCCAUGUAAUGUAAAUUCAGGACUUGCUACUUGUACAGUUAAUAAAGAUUAUGGAAGAGAACACAAUAUUCCUUUUACUAACAUUGCAACUCUUGGGUUAGGAACUUCAUCAACUGAAGGUAUCAAUCAAGCUGCCUUGACUGCAUUAGCUGGAAGUCAGUUAAGAACAGCUAAUCGUCAAAACCAAAAUGUUAGUGGAGAACAUAAAAAACAAAAUUCCAAAUCAAAUAUUGAGACAAUAUCAAUGACUGUACCUAAUGACUUAAUUGGGUGCGUUAUUGGUAAAAGAGGAAGUAAAAUUGCAGACAUUCGACAAAUAAGUGGUGCUAUUGUACAUAUAUUUAAAUUUGAAGGAAAUAAUGAAAGUAAAGAGAUUGUAGAUCGCCGUAUAAAUAUUACAGGAAACAAAAAAUCUAUUUCAGUUGCCAAGUACUUAAUUGAAAUGAGUGUGGAACUGCAAAAAGCCAAUCUUGAGGAUAUAAAAUCACCCUCUAAUCCUUGCAAUGGUUCCAGUUCAACUGCGUCCACUCCAACUGUGGCUCCUCAACUAUUUGCCAAGCCAGAUCCCAUUAAUACCAUAUCUAGCUUAUAUGCUUAUAUAGCCUUAUCCAGUGGUGCUAAACAAUCCUCUCCAGUACAGACCACAGGUGUCCAUCGCCCAAAAAAUUCCUUAAAAAGGAAGCGUAGUCCUUCAGGCGAAAGAAUCAAUGCGGAAAGAACAAAGUUUGCUCAUUACUGAAUGCCAAUUGAUUCCAAAUCCGCAAAUAAUUGCUGUUCAUACUCAUUUUGAUUUAUUUAUUUUUAAGUAGUUUUUUCAUUUUAUUAUUUAAUUAUUUUUUAAAAAAAGGUUUUAAUUUUUGAGUGAAGAAAAUUCUAA